CGUGAGCGGAGGCUGCGGCGAUUGCGGCAUCAUGACCAAGGGUUUCGCUGCGGCGUAAGCAUCCCGACUCUGAAUAAUCAUGCGACAACAUGACAUGAGGGAUUCGUUUCGUAGCGGCUUUGCCCGUUAAAAUUUGCAGACUUGACGCCUUUAUAUAAACAUGCUUGCCAGGAGUCUGUAGUGGAACAUAUCAUCCAUACAUCAUACACACAUUACAUUAACUACCACCUACCCAUUCAAGCUUAUCAUUAUCUCUUAUCAAGCCUCUUAUCGCUUAUCGCUAUCACCAUCACCAAUCAUGAAGAUUCUCACCAAGGAAGAAGAAGAGGCCCACUACGCUGAAGUCCUCAAAGGCGGCCUCAUCGGCGGAACACUCUUCCUCGGUCUCGGUCUUGGAGGCGUUUACUAUGCUUCAAAACGCUACCCGACCUUCCGAGGCCUAACUCUUCCCUUCAGAGCAUUCCUCGUCACAUCAACGGGUACAUUCGGUGCCAUCGUCAAUGCAGAGCGAUGGAGUAUCGCAUAUCAGAUCGCUCAAGAUCCCAAGCGCAAUUACCAAGAUCAAGCAGCGCGCACGGCGCAACUCAUCCGAGAAAAUGAGUCAGCGUAUGAGCGUUUCAAGUCAUAUGCCAAGGAAAACCGAUAUCAAAUUGUCUUCGCGUCGUGGUUGGCGUCGAUGGGUAUCGCGUUUGCAAUUGUUAGCCGACAACCAAUGAACACUGCGAACAAGGUUGUGCAGGCUCGUGUUUACGCGCAGGGCUUGACGUUGGCUGUGUUGUUAGUGUCUGCUAUUUUCGAGGUCAACGAUCUCAAGAACGGAGACAGCAGAUGGCAGACCGUUCGGUACGUGGACCCCAAUGAUCCUACAAAGAUCAUUGAGAAGAAGGUCCACAAGGAGGAGUACGAGGGUCAAGACCUCUGGAAGGAUAUGGUAGCUGCUGAGGAGCGAAGACUUGCUGCGAAGAAGCAGGCUGCUGAACAUUAAGCGAGACCAACAUCAAUGAAGGUCGCUAAUUUGUAUUAAAAUUGCAUUGGGUGGUUUUGGAGUGAGGUAUCAGGUCGGAUUAUAGAUCGAACGGCGCAUUUUCUUUUGUAUAAGAUGAAGCAUUAACAUGGACGUGGAAUGAAAAUACUAGAAUGACAACUUCAUACUCUUAUUGCAAUCAAAUGGUGAUGAUUCUCGAGGUUGUACCUAAUACAGGUACUGCUAAUCCUUGUUUUAAAUCAUGAAGCAAUUGAUGUCCAUCAACUAUAUCAGAUAGCAAAGUUGAGGUUGACAAUCUCAUUGUUCCAAAGUCACAUUCACAUUGCAGGCGCAACAGACACAUAAUUGAAACCAUUAAACAUUCGCA